CUGGUUAUGUUGACGAAGGAGCUUAAAAAUUUUAUAAUGCAGAAAAACAUUGUGGAUACAGCAAAGCAAGCUAUGCAAAGAGCCAUCGAACACGAGCUGGACUUGAAGUCCUUAUUCCCACUAAGCGCCACUUCUUCGGCCACUUUCCACAUAGCUGAUUUCGGGUGUUCCAUCGGACCAACAACUUUCAUGUCGGUACAGAACAUCAUGGAAGCGGUCAACCACAAUAAUAACCAAGCAUCAACGACCAAACUACCACUAGAGUUCCAAGUCUCAUUCAACGACCAAACCAACAAUGACUUCAACACCCUCUUCCGCUCUCUACCCGCCCACCGCCAAGACAACUACUUCGCCGCCGGCGUCCCAGGAAGCUUCUACGGCCGCCUCUUCCCGACGUCCAGCCUCCAUUUCGGGUCCAUCUCGUCUUCCCUCCACUGGAUCUCCAGGGUUCCUGGAGAACUAACGGCGGCCGGUCGUAGAGAUUCCAUCCAAUGCACGGGACUCGAUGAAGAUGUCGCGAGGGCCUACUCGGGCCAGUUCACAAGAGACAUGGAGGCUUUCUUUGACGCCAGAGCUGAAGAACUUGUGAGCGGUGGCUUGCUGGCGAUUUCAGCGUUAUGUUUGCCAGCCGGAGCGGUUCUGGCCCAGACCGGGCUGGGUAUGAUAUUUGACCUGCUCGGCGCUUGCCUCGUUGACUUAGCUGAGUUGGGGCUCAUCUCCGAAGAAAAGCUGAAGAGUUUCUAUUUACCAAUGUACUACCCUCAAGCUGAAGAGCUGGAAGCUUCCAUAACGAAGAGAAGAUGCUUCAGCAUACGGAAGUUGGUGAAAAUGGCUCCUCCCUCGCCGGAGAAGUCCCAAAAGCUGAUUCAGACAUCAGACUCGCAAAUAAGAGCCGUCUCGGAGGCAAUCAUCAAGCAACACUUCAAAACUAUCACUCCCCAGACUGUGGAUUUGAUCUUUCAGCGUCUGAAAGAGAAGUUGGCCGAGAAUAUGGAUGCCAUUACUAGCCCAACCACUUUGCACCAUCUUGAAGUGUUCAUCUUGGCAAAGCGUCUUUGA